AUGCGAGACACACUGAGACGGAAACCUGGGAAAUCCGUCGAUCUCGACGCCAACAAGCUGUCACCAACGACCACCAUUAGUGGUGCUCUCAGUGAAAGUGGUUCCCGCCACCAACGCUCCGUUUCAAAUGCUAGCGUCGUAGCCGGCGGAGCUGGCGAGAAGAACCCCUGGUCAACUGAUGACCCUCUCACUCCUUCCACACGUGAUCGCUUCGUCGACAGCCCGGAUGGCCGAGGUAGGACCCAGGCCUUGGAUGUGCCCGCCUCAGAGCGGAGCGAGCGAAGUGUGAGUGAGAAGCCCACUAGGAGGCGGAAAAAGACCCUCAACCAGGUAACGCCUCAUCGGUUCGAACUCGUCGAUGCAAAGCGCGACAGCAUCCGUGUUCCUCUCCCGAAUGACUCGCCGUCUCAAACGCCAUCCGAGGAUAUCGUUGUCAGCAAAACACGCGAACAUGGAUCGACGCAUAGCGAGGACAGUGUCCCCUCACUGAGCUUCAGUCCUAUCAGAGCAGUUGGUCAUGUACCACAGAUCAAGCCUAGAGAGCAGAGACGAGAUUUCAGUACCAUACAUGUCGCUGCAAGUAUCAGCCCCAUCGCUCCGCCAUCACCUCCCACACCACCUGACUCGAUAUCUACCUCACCGAAACGACAACCCGCUGGCCUUGGUGUCGAUUUCCUAGGCAUGAACUUUGGCGCCAGCCGCAACAUUGCCGGUAAUCCUUUCGUUACUCCUCCUACAUCUUCGAGCACACAGCACAAGGAGCCUCCCUCUGUGACUGAUGGACACCGCGCCCCAUCUAAUACUCACGAGCCUUACACUUACCGCCCACAAACUCUACCUCUCCCCCCAGGAAGUCUCCUCAAUAAAGUCAUAAUUGUCACCAACGGCACAUCCCUCGUCUCUGCUCCUCUAAUCCGCACCCUGCAUCUAGCCGGCGCCCGUGUGGUCUUCUCAGCCCACCAAUCACUUGCCGAUAAAGCCCGCUCCUUCAUCCGGGGGCUUGGGCCACCGGACACAAUUCAUUUCAACGCCUGCGAUCUCGGCUGCUACACCGACAUCCACGCGCUUUUCAAGCUCGCCGUAACGAUGUAUGGGCGCGUCGAUCACGCCGUAUUUGCGCCAGGGGACGAUGGCGGACAAGCACGAGGCGUGGGCACGGGCGAGAAACUUUGGGGUCUGGAUGUGGGACUGGCAGAAGGGAGAGCCAUGACAGGAAAAGCAGAAAUGGAGUUAGUGGAUCGCGGCGAGACCCGCGAUGCCGACAAUAUCGACAUGAGCGACAUUAUCGCCGCCAGUGUACGCUUCGCCAGGGUUGCAAUGGCAUAUCUUCGGAACUCGCCUGGUCGACGACAAGUUCACAGCUCGUCGUCAGGCAUGCUCACCCCAACCUCCGGCGGCUUCAGUGGCGCAGAGUGGAGCGAGGACCGCAGUCUGACGUUCGUCAGCUCCACGGCUGCAUUCACGCCCUUGCCUUAUCUGCCCCUCUACUCCACGGCACAGCACGCCAUCCUUGGCUUGGCACGCAGCCUGGGCGAGAGUGUCGAUGUCAGAAGAGACGGCGUGCGCGUCAAUCUCGUGGCCACCAACAUGCUGCUGCCCAGCGUGGUGGAGGCCGAAGGGGGCGGACGCAUGAGCGUCCGCGUGCCGGGCGACAAGGGCGAUGACGUGAGCAACAUCGUCGCGGGCGUCAUCGCCGAAGGCCUCCAUCAUGAUGGCGAGGUGUUGCACGGCAGGGUCCUGUACGCCAUCGGCGAAGACGCAGUUGACGUGCAGGAUGGAUUACGCGAAAACGAAAGUGCUUGGAUGGGCAUCCGCGCAAAGGAGGCGCUGGAUAGGGCCAGCGGCAAGAUGGACGGUGCAGAGACGGGGACCGAGUCGGGGACGGGGAAGUGGAAGGGUCGCUGGAUGCUGAUGGACAGCUUGGACUCGCCUUUCUAG